UUAUUCCACAAUUGCGAGGUUCUGAAUAAAGCUUUACUGAUUUCUGGCUUUUUUUGUAAUAUAUACAGGGUGAUUAACGGUCAUGGUACGUUAGACUUUCAUGGAGAACCAUAAAAGAUAAUAGGAUUUUUUUUUAAAUCAUAGGCUGUGAAUCACCCUAUAUAAAUUAUAUUUAAAUUAUUAUCUAACUUUUAUUUAUUUAUCUAAUUUUUAUUUAUAAUUAUCUAACCUCGAAUCUAACAGAUAAUUUUUUGUAGGUCUUCGUUGUACUGUAACAAGUGCGGUGUAGGGUUUCAAGACUUUGAAUCAUUACACUAUCAUAUUUUCAACCCAAUUUACCGUAAUCAUAACUUUCGAUGUCCACUCUGUAACUACGUGGUAGGAAAGACUAUAUUCGAUCUUAAUAAUCACAUUAUCAAACGCUGUCAGGAAGAAGAUGUUGUGAAACAUGAAAAAUCUGCUGUAGAAGAGUUGCCCAAAAUACCGGAAAGAUACUUUUGUGAGAAAUGCGGAAAACCAUUUUCUCUUCUUAUCGAUUUAUUAACACACAGAUCAACUCAUAAAGAGGACUUAAUUUCUUGUACACAAUGCCCUAAUAAAUCGAAUAGUUUAGAAAAUAUGAUAAGGCACUUUCGCCAACAUACCGUAUAUCCGAAUAUUUCGUUAAUUUGUGAUAUGUGUUCUGUGAAGUUUACAGAUGUAUGGGCUUAUGUAAAUCAUUGUGAAUUUGUGCAUAAUCGCUUUCAAUCUUUCCAUUUUCAGUGUAAUUUCUGCCCGAGGGUUAUUUUUAAUGAUGCAGGAAGAUUUCUCGAACACGUGCAAAGCCACUGCAAAAUAUCACCGAAACUGGAAAACGAAAGAUUUAUAUGCGAGUUUUGUGCCUCUUGUUUUAGUUCUCGUGGGGAACAUAGAACUCAUCGUGAAGAGGUUCAUCGUGUUUCCAAAAUAAUGAUCAGUCAUUUUGAAUGCCACUGCUGUGGUAAGAAGAUUGCACAUAGAAAAAUGUCACGCCAUUUACGUCAACAUAAAAGAGAAAACCUUCAACGUAAACAUAAUGAAUUGGCCCAAAAAACUGAUCAAUCUGAACUCAUUGUCGAUAAUAAUAUAACUUCAACCUCAAAUUUGACAGAUGAUUUAAAAACUGUUCGUGAAAAUGAGACCACAGAUGUUGAACCGAUUGUUUCAGAACCAGACCAGUCUGGAAACACUAAACCAAUAAUUAAUGUCGGAUUUGGUAAUAUAGCCAAUGCACAAGAUAUUCAAAAGUCUGAAGAUCCUAAAUCAAAAGUUACUAUAUUUAGUGACGUAAUUGUUUCACAAGGGGUUAAGCAGGAACAACUUAAAUCAAAUGAUGUAAAAUGUGGUAACGCAGCUGUUUCACAAACAAGACAGGGCGAAAGCUUUAUAUCAACUUAUAGUCCAGAAGCUCGACCGAAUAAAAGGGCAAGAAGAAGGCAAAGGAUAAAAGAAAGAAUAAAAAAAGAGUCACAACGUGCUUUUGAUGAAGCACGCGUUGCAUUCAAUAAAGAUAUACUUUUAUCUCCUACCGAUAACGUAGUUCCAUUAUUUAGUAAUGUAAGAAAUAAGGAUGAAACGAAAUCGGUAAUAGCCGUUGAAAGCGGAACCAAUAAAGAUUUAUGUCGUGAUGUUGUUCUUCACACUGAAAUGAAUGAAAACCAACAUAAUAUUAUGCCGUCUGGGGAUAAUAUCAUGCCAUCGGUUGCAACUAUUGACUUAACAACUGAGUCAAUGUCGGAAAACAAUCCCGGAGAGAGUCAAAAAAAUGUUAAUGUCUGUAUUGAUUUAACAUCUAACUCUAAUAUAACGAAUAUAGAUUUAUCGACAGUAUUGAGCAAUGCAGUUGUACCGAGCGGCAUACAAUCUUUUGAUCCAUCUCAUUUAAAUCCAUAUAAUGACCAAUUUAAGGGAAAUCUUAAUUCAUAUGGAAGUAAUGCGUCGAUGGAUACUUCCUAUCAACAGUACUAUCAGAAUAUUUACGGCAACCAAAAUAUACAGGCUUGGCAAUCAAUUGUAUCUGCUCAAUUAGUAAAUCAACAAACAUUUGUCCCUCUAACACCAAUAAUGGCACCUCAACCAGUUGUCCCACCAUUUAUAGCUUCUCAGCUGCCAUCUCAGUGCCCAGUUCGAGAGACUAAUUAUAAAUGUACUGGAUGUAAAAAAGAAGUUCCUAGUCUACCGUUAUUAGAAGUUCAUUUUCUGUUUUGUUAUAAAAUGGAAUUAGAGGUGCUUAAAGACCCAAGAGAGGAUUGUCCCGUUUGUGGGAUUAGGUUUCCUUCUUUCUCUAAUCUCAAGAAUCAUAUCUCUCAAGGGCACUAUGAAUUGUUAUCAGAAUAUAAUUUAAUUUUCCGAAGGUCUGAUUAUAUAUGUGAUACCUGUGGCCUAUUAUUCUAUUCCAUGCAAACUUUAGAAGAACACCAUCAAAGCCAUAUAACUCCUGAAAAAACAACAACUGAUUUUAGUUAUAGCGAAUUGGAUAAACCUGAUGAAAUUCGCAAUAUAGACUCAAACAAGACUUUGAAAACCCAACAUUCCCUUGGAUCGAAACAUCAACAAAGUCAUAGAGCUCCUGAAACACGAACAACUGAUUUUAAUGAUGGUAAAUUGGAUAAACCUGAUGAAACUCGCAAUAUUGAUUCAAAAAAGACUUUGAAAAUACAACAUUCUUUUGUAUCGAAACAUCAACAAAGCCAUAGAGCUCCUGAAACAAGAACAACUGAUUUUAAUGAUGGUAAAUUAAAUAAACUUGAUGAAACUCGCAAUAUUGAUUCAAAAAAGUCUUUGAAAAUACAACAUUCUUUUGUAUCGAAACAUCAACAAAGCCAUAGAGCUCCCGAAAAAAGAACAACUGAUUUUAAUGAUGGUAAAUUGGACAAAUCUGAUGAAACUCGUAAUAUAGAGUCAAACAAGACUUUGAAAACACAACAUUCUUUCCAAUCGAAACAUCAACAAAGCCGUAGAACUGAAAAAAGAACAUCUGCUUUUAUUGGUGGUAACUUGGUGGUAACUACUCCCAAUAUACCUGAUGAAACUCCCAAUAUAGACUCAAAAAAGACUUUGAAAACGCAACGUUCUUUUGGAUCCAAACAUCAACAAAGCCAUAGAAGUGAAAAAAGAACAUCUGCUUUAAUUGGUGGUAACUUGGAUGAAACUCCCAAUAUACCUGAUGGAACUCCCAAUAUGGACUCAAAAAAGACUUUGAAAACGCAACGUUCUUUUGGAUCCAAACAUCAACAAAGCCAUAGAAGUGAAAAAAGAACAUCUGCUUUUAUUGGUGGUAACUUGGAUGAAACUCCCAAUAUACCUGAUGAAACUCCCAAUAUGGACUCAAAAAAGACUUUGAAAACGCAACAUUCUUUUGGAUCCAAACAUCAACAAAUCCAUAGAGCACACGAAAAAAGAACAACCGAUUUUAAUGAUGGUAAAUUGAAUAACCCUUAUGAAACUCGCAGUAUUGACUCAUACAAGACUUUGAAAACACAACAUUCUUUUGUAUCGAAACAUCAACAAAGCCAUAGAGCUCCUGAAACAAGAACAACUGAUUUUAAUGAUGGUAAAUUGGAUAAACCUGAUGAAACUCGUAAUAUAGAGUCAAACAAGACUUUGAAAACACAACAUUCUUUUGGAUCGAAACAUCAACAAAGCCAUAGAGCUUCGGAAACAAGAACAACUGAUUUUAAUGAUGGUAAAUUGGACAAAUCUGAUGAAACUCGUAAUAUAGAGUCAAACAAGACUUUGAAAACACAACAUUCUUUCCAAUCGAAACAUCAACAAAGCCGUAGAACUGAAAAAAGAACAUCUGCUUUUAUUGGUGGUAACUUGGAUGAAACUCCCAAUAUACCUGAUGAAACUUCCAAUAUAGACUCAAACAAGACUUUGAAAACGCAACAUUCUCUUAUGACAUAUAAAAAAGAAAUAAAAUUUUCCAUCCUGAAACGUCCAUCUAAACAAAUUUUAGGCUUAUAUAGGUGUGAGCAAUGCAAAAAAAUGUUUAACAAUUACAAAGAAUUGAUCAGUCAUAAAAUCAGCCACGGCGAUGCUAUCAGAGAAGAAACUUAUUUGUGCUUAUCAGAUCCAGCUUCAAUAGAUUUAAACGUACUUCCUUCAACAAAUAUGGAAUUUGUGAGGAACGAGAAUAUGAGUGGCAGAUCUACAAGAAAAAGGAAAUUAUCAAAUUCGGAUUUUGAUGUUUCUCAACACUACAACAGAAGAAGUUGUGAUGAAAAUCAGACGAGAAGGGUUUGUCAAAUUUGCGAUCAAGACUUCAAUACUCAAUCAAGUUUUGAUCAACAUAGUUGUCCAGGUCCGUUUUAAUGAUUAUUAGAUGACAUUUAAGAAAAAAAAUAUACAGGCAUAUUUUUUGUCUUUUAAGCUACCUAUUUAUGACUACAAACAGUUGCAGAAUAAUAUUAAAUGUCUAUUGUAUGACAUUUUUAUGUAACUAAAUGAUUUAAUUUAUCAAGUUAUUUGAUCUGUGGAGAGGUUGUCAUAGUAAACUAACUUAUAUGGUCAUAAAACGCUAUUUUUAUACCAAAUUUGGUUGGUUUAAUUUGGAACCAUAUUUCUGUAUACUGUGAAAAGAAAAUAAUUAAACUUAGAUUAGUGCAUAAAUAUUUAUAGGUAGAGUAAAAUAGUCAUUAAAAGAAAGAAGGCUUGAAUACAUUUAUUUUCAAUUUUGCAGAUUAGUCUAUUUUAAUACAAGAUGAUCGAAAAAAAAACGGCGUCAGCGAUGACUAUACAGGGU